CGACCAAGUGGCCAUGCGCUAGACCCGCCGGCCAGCGCUGAACCGGAGGACUUUUAGAGCCAGUUGGGGGCGCGGCUGGACCGCCAAUAUUCAUUCUGCGCGAAUCGGAGGCAUUGGAUUAUUUGAUAGGACAAGACAUUCGGCAAUCAUCAUUCGCAGACGUGGGAUUUUUCAUCUAUCCUUUUUUUACAUGCUGGCUGUGAGGGAUGCGCUGGCCGGCAUCCGACUCAUCCUGCGCUAUAUAUUGAAUAAAUCCCAUCUAGAAUAUCCAUAUCUGUCCUUCUGCCCUUCUGUCGUGUUUCUUUUCGCUUUCAGAUUGGCGAUUCGCAUCAGGAACCAGCUUGAACCCCAUGCGAUGAACCUGUCCGGGUGUUUCGCCAGUGCUUCAUCGCGAGUCGUUCAGCUGCCAUUCAGUGGCCGAGGCUUCACUCUUCUUGUCACCUCAGCGGUUUUUUAUUUUUUUACAUAUUUUUUAUAUAUUCCUUUUCCUGGGCUAUUGGCAUUAUUUCUUUUUCUUCCUAUACAUUCGUCCCGUCUAUAAUAAUUCUCUUGAGAUCGUCUUUGUGGUUGUCUCCCGCUGACUUCCCCAGAUUUGACUUACCGGUCGUUCUCCCCUUUCCCGCAUCCCUCUUCCUUAACCAUCACUCUUUCUCUCUUCAGAAAGGCCU